AUGCUGCCGCUUUCGGCAAUCGCUUACGGAACGCCUCCUGAAGGCUGCGUCGGGAAAUUUGAGAAUCUUGGAUUAAAGGUGAGUUGGGUGCUAAUGUAGUAACUUGCGGACAUGCCAUGGUAAUUUUAAGGGCGUGGUGUGAUUUUGGGUGUUGAUAUAUCAUAUGCAUGUUAUGCUAGCUUACAUAGGAAGUACUCCAAGGGCGACACUCAGAUUUUUUAAAAUUUUGCCCACAUUCGGGCGUAGGCGACAAUAUUCAUUCUUGAAAAUUUUAGCUCGCGCUUUGUAGGCACAGCCGAGAUAUUGAACGAUCUUUACGGCCGAGAGAGUACGCAGAACGAGGAGAGCUUUCAGAGAUUAAAAACACUUUUUGGCCAUAAAUAUGCCAGUUACGUGCGGAAAAAAAUGAGUUUUUUGUGGAAACAUUACCCUUUCCGGUUCAACUAGGCACAAAACUUUUCAUGCCAAAAUUUUCAAAAACUUGCAUUUUUGCCGCUUACUUUCGAUCUAAAAAUCUUGGUCAUUUCUGUAAACUGCGACCUAGGAGUCUCGUAUAAUACCUUCAUGAGUGUCGCACCUGAAUCGCUUCGCCUGUUAUCAGCCUGUCGGGAAAAUAAUGAGCACCCUGUCGCAUCGAAAAUCGCCGCCGAAAAAAUGAAUUGUGUCGCUGCAAAAUCUAAUUUUUUUCUCUUCUGCGGCACAAUUGGCGCAACGGCAUUGUGCUCAUUAUUUUCCCGACAGACUAUGAAACUGACUUCUGAAUUUAUAGCUUCUCAAAACCGUUGAAGCCGACUGCAAGGUGGGUCCUUUUGGGAGCGUUUGCUCUGGAUACAUUGGCCUGAUUCACGCCAAAAAAGCCAUCGUCUUGGCGUUUCGAGGGACUACGAACAUCUGGCAACUGCUCGAAGAACUCAAAGCGGCUUUCGAAAAGGUAGAGUUCUUGGAUGAGGACCAUGGAGAAGUGCAUCCGCUGUUCCUAAAAGGCGUUGAGAAUGUGUUCAUCAACUCGGAGUUGCAGCCACUGCUGGCCUUGCUGUUGGAAAAGUAUCCCGACUAUGAAAUAUACGUGAGUUUUCAGUGAAAACUGGCCAUGAUUUUUUAGCAUUUCAUAUCAGUUUGUCGGGAAAAUAAUGAGCAAAAUGUUGCUGCGACGAUCGCCAAAAAGCAAUUUGAUUUCACCACGACAAAAUUCAUUUUCUCGGCGGCGAUGCGAUUUUCGAUGCGACAGAGUGCUCAUUAUUUUCCCGACAGACUGAUCCUAGUAUUUACAUAACAUCCAGCUGUUUCCAGAUUACUGGCCAUUCUCUUGGAGGCGCUCUCGCCGGACUUACAGCCACCUGGCUGUCCAACAUCAUGCCUGGCAUCAAAGAUCGCAUCGUUCUCUACACAUUUGGCCAGCCUCGAAUCGGCACACUUCAAUUUGUAAAAUAUUUGGCCAGUAUGGUAAAUGAUCGUGUUUGGAAAAAUUUACUCCUUGUUGUAGAACUUCACAUAUUAUCGGGUUUCCAAUGGCGAUGACAUUGUAACUUGUGUGGCGACAACUCUCCUAGGCUAUCAUCAUGCUGGCACGGAGGUGUUGUACACAAAUGACAAGCAUGAAGAGUACUACGGAGACAAGGGAUGCUCUAUGAAGACGCGCACAAACCUCAUGCCGCAUACACACUACUUUGGAAGGCGUGUGGGAGAGUUUUGUAGUAGUGGAUGA